AUGCACCGUGCUCUACUUGUUCCCGAGAUAUAUAGGAUCAUUCUGAGGUUCGUCGACGAAGGCCUCGAUGCCGAACAAACUCUUGCCGCACUUGCACGGACAUGUCACGCGCUUCAAGAUCCUGCUUUAGAUAUUCUCUGGGAGGAGAUCACGAGUCUGGAUGCUCUGUUCUACUGCCUUACUGGCGGUGAAACAACGGCAUCUGUACCACAUAACACCCUGGAGAAGCCCGGCGAGAAGACUAAGGAGGCUCCUUGGGCACUCACUGCUGAUGGGUGGGCCAUCGUCCACAAAUAUGCACCUCGAGUGCGACGUCUGUCGCAGUCUCCGGUUUCGCCAUCCUCGCCCACCCUUGAAGAGAUCAACCAACUUCCCGAUUAUAUGCGGCCUUUAUUCCCUAAUCUCAAGUACUUGAACUGGUCUUACAUGGAACCUCGCGACUUCUCGUAUUUUCCAACCCUCUUCCCUUCGUCUCUCGAAGUUCUAAGAUACAAGCUUAAGGCCAUGAGCAUGCAGACGUCCCUGCAGAUCGCCAUGAUUCCACAGUCAUUUCCCCGAAUCAGAGAUCUCUCGAUAUCCUCAUACGCUUCCAUACCAGAAACGAUGGGCACAUUUACUAGGGCGCUUUGUAGCUGGGCUCACCUUGAGCGCUUGACAUGUGACGAAAUUACGGAUGACGCCUGGGCUCACCUUGCAGACUUGCGAGCGCUCAAACACCUAUCCCUCACAGUCCAGCCAACAACUUCGUUUCGCAGUGUUCGACAGCAGGCACAAGGUCAACCGUUUCGGAACUUGACAUGGAUCACCUUUCUCCUCGUCGAUCUAGAUCAAGUCACCGAAUUCGUCAAGGAGAUGCGCGUCGCCCCUGCGCACUUCGAAAUUGGCUGUCACCACAACAUAUGCUCAUCACGAGCUGAAGAGCUCAUUCACGCCAUCUCUGAAUAUGGUACCUCUUCCAUGGAUUGCAUCAUCAUCGACCACCACACCGAAAAAGAGAACUUCACCUCACCGCCAUCUCUCGACUACUAUGCGAAGCGGGGCAAUCUCCUCACUAUGGCCCAAAUUCGCCCGCUUUUCAAGUUCUCGCAGCUGACGAAGCUCCACGUUGACGUCGUCUGCAAGAUGAAUAUUGGAGAUCAAGAUGUCAUCGACAUCGCACAUGCAUUUCCUCGUUUGAAGGAGCUGUCGUUGAACUCGAUGUACGGCUGUCAAGGCGGUUCGACCGUCACAUUCUACGGUCUCUUCUGGCUCCUGUAUCUCUGUCCUCACAUUCACGAGCUCGGUGUAUGCCUCAAUGCCCAGGAUAUCAGUACCGUUGACCCGUCUUCGGGUAUCCCGAUGGAGAAAUGCCCACCGACGCCUCCUCCUCAUCUAACCCUGACAUGGCUAUUUGUUGGCGACUCUAAAAUUAGCCACCCAUCAAAAGUCGCGGACGUGCUAUACGCCAUCUUUCCUCAGCUCAAGACUAUUUGCUCCUGGACUUCACACCCGGCCUUGCCGGAGGUGACUCCCGAGCAAACCAGUGAGGCCAAAGAGUUCAAGCGACGGUGGCAGAAGGUUGACAGGCUGCUCCGAAAGCGAAUUAGAGAUCGUCGGCGCUUCGAGGAACGCUGGGAAAAGGUUGAGCAGGAGAUGAGUUCCCGUUUCACGGAGAAUGGUUUCGCGUGGAAGGGACUUCCGGGCGGACAUGUGGACGAUUGCCCGAGCUCAGACGCCGACUUCGGAACAGAAGAUGGUGUAAGCUGGAGUAGCGAAGAUUCAAACAGCGACUCAACAGACUUAGAUGACUCAGAUGAUUCUGAUGAGGAUACGGCCAGCAUGGGAAGUGGGGACAAUGACGGAUAG